GUUGGGACACUCAGAGAACUUGGACCAAAAAAAUCGACCCAGUUAGACCUUGCAGACUAGAUUGAAUUUGCGAAUGGACGGAGAAGAGCUCACCGAGCAGGAGACUGCCUUGUACGACCGCCAGAUUAGGGUUUGGGGCCCUAAUGCUCAACGAAGAUUGACCAAAUCUCAUAUCUUGGUGUCUGGAAUAAAGGGGACCGUUGCUGAGUUUUGCAAGAACAUUGUGCUGGCAGGAGUUGGUAGUGUGACGUUAAUGGAUGAUCGCUUAGUGAACGAGGAGGCCUUGAACGCAAACUUCUUGAUUCCUCCUGAUGAAAAUGCUUACACAGGCAAAACAGUGGCUGAGAUUUGUUGUGAUUCACUCAGGGACUUUAACCCUAUGGUCCAUGUCUCUGUAGAGAAAGGUGAUUUGUCAACAUUUGGCGCUGAAUUUUUUGAGAAGUUUGAUGUGGUUGUUAUUGGCUACGGUACUCGUGUUAUCAAGAAAUCUGUCAAUGAACAAUGUCGGAAGUUAUCGAAACGUGUGGCAUUCUAUACAGUCGAUUGUAGAGACUCAUGUGGUGAAAUAUUUGUUGACCUUCAAAAUUACAAGUACACUAAGAAAAAGCUCGAGGAGACGGUUGAAUGCGAACUAAAUUAUCCGAGUUUUCAGGAAGCUAUAUCAGUACCUUGGAAACCGAUUCCUCGGAGAACAGCAAAGCUCUACUUUGCUAUGAGAGUAAUAGAAGUGUUUGAGGAGAGUGAAGGGCGUAAACAUGGAGAAUGCUCACUGCUUGAUCGUGCCAAAGUCUUGGAGAUCAAAAAGAAGCUCUGUGAAGCAAACUCUGUGAGCGAGAGCCACAUACCAGACAAUCUCUUGGAGAGACUGAUCACUGGUCAUACCGAAUUCCCACCAGCUUGUGCCAUUGUAGGAGGAAUCUUAGCACAGGAAGUGAUCAAAGCGGUAUCAGGCAAAGGAGACCCAUUAAAGAACUUCUUCUACUUCGAUGCUCAAGAUGGGAAAGGUGUGAUGGAAGACAUUUCUGACUCUUUUACCUCUUAACCAUUGAGUUCUAAAGUUGAUCUAAUUCUGAUGAUCUAUGAGAUUCUACUAUAUAUGUCUCUGUCAUUUUUUUUGCGCACUUUAUGCUAUGAAGGUACUAAUAAUAUGCGCCGUUUCUGGAUUUGAUUAUUUAUUAGUGAUUUUAUUUUUCUUAAAAA